CACUCACACACAAGCUGUGAAAACAAAUGCACCAAUAAUAGCUAGGGUUAUUACCCAAGAGUGCUGUAACAAAAAGCGGACAAAGGUUCACGAACCGGUUUGGUGACGGGUACCUGUUUAGAGUUACCUCCCUUAGUCGCUCUCGUUGUUUCUGCAGUUCCAGCGUGGCAAACUCAAAUGCACGAUGGCAAAUGUCAGGCCACAAAUAUUGUUAUUAGCCAUUUUGGCAACGGCAUUGACAAGCAUCAGUUGUCACACCGAUGACGAAGAGGACUUUCAGCCAGCAGGUGGCCACAAGGUGGAAUUUGGCGAGGCAAAGGCACCGAGGUAUCUGUUGUGGGAUGUGAACCCAGGCGAGGGAUUCAACCUGCGCCGUGAUGUGUACCUGCGGAUGGCAAACUUGGUUGAGAAUCUGAAUGAAGACUCCCCCUGGAUUCUGGUUUUGCCUCCCUGGGGACCCCUGUACCACUGGACCAACCGACACAUUGAUCAGUCACGCAUCCCUUGGUCGCUCUUUUUUGAUGUGCCAAGUCUCAGAAAAUAUGUACCCGUCAUAGAGUUUGAGGACUUUCUGAAAGUGCUCCCCAAGCCGUGGCUGGUGGACGAGGUCUACUACCUCCAGUACUACAAGGAGGGCUGGGGCGGUGAGUGGAAGGAGAAGAUGGACAAGCGGGAGUGCCACACCAUGGAAUAUAGGAAAUAUACCCUGAAUGAGAAGUCCGGAUUAUGGGAUGGCUGGUUCUUCAACUUCGGGGAGGAAGUCCAUGCUAAGACGUUCCAGUGCAUGUCUGUCCAGGGAAUGGCCAGUUUCCUGAAACCCUUUCUGCUCCAUAAUACCACUGGCAUGUCGGUCAUGAUUGAUAGGGCGGAGACAGUGAUGCAUGAUCGUUUUGGAGACAUCAAGUACUGGACGGCCAGGAGGAGUAUGGUAUUUGCGAAACACCUGAAAAAAAUUGGGGAUGAUUUCCGUGGCAAACAUCUCGACUCAACAGAUGUAGCAGACAAAACUGUGAUGAAUGAAGACUGGACGAAAAAUAAGAAAACAAGGGGAGAUGCCAAGGGAGGGCCCUAUAUUGGGGUACACCUACGUCGAGCAGACUUUGCGAUCUCCAGAAAAAAAGACACACCAACCUUUUCAGUUGCUGCCGAGAAAAUUAUUGAGCUUCUGAAGAAAUAUGAUUUGAAGAAGGUUUUUAUUGCCACUGAUGCUCGGGAAGAAUGGGAGUUUGAUGAGGUGAAGAAUCUUUUGUCUGGAUAUGAAGUCUAUCGGUUCAGACCAACGAAGGAGAUUCUGGAGAAGUACAUGGAUGGUGGUGUGGCCAUCAUUGACCAGUGGAUCUGUGCACAUGCAAGGUACUUCAUCGGCACCAGGGAGUCGACGUUCUCCUUCCGUAUCCAGGAUGAGCGGGAAAUCAUGGGAUUUGACGCGGACAUGACCUUCAACAGCUUCUGUGGGCAAGGUCGCGACAAAGGAGAGGAGAAACCGAAUCAGCCUGAUGACUACGAGGAAGAUUUCUGUCGCCAGCCGUCACGAUGGGAGAUAGUAUACUGAUCAGAGGCUCAAACAAACUUUGUCAAAUCACAUAAAUAUACAUGAACCAUGAAAAAAUGUUUUAUAUGAUGGGGCAGCAAAAUAUGAUACAGGCCUUAGACCAAUUCCUCCCCCCACUUUUCGAAUGACCAGCCCCUAAUGGCUAUCAAUAUUGUAUCAUAUACCAUAGAUCUGAAAUUAAGAUGGUUACAAAAAUGGUCAGUAUGUACAACCGUUCUGAUUAAACAAGAUUAAUUAAUUAGAUAAUGAAUCAGGGAAUCUCCAGUAUUAGGUAUGAAUAGUUUGUAUUCCAAACUCUCUUUGAUGUGGAUUUUUUAGAUAGAAUUUAGUUGCUAACACUGAAGGAUUAAGUUGCUGUGGUAUUAUUUGUUAUAUCUGGCUGUGUGGUUGAAACUGUCCCUUGUGGUGUGAGACAGUUGUUUUCAGUCAUGACUUUUACUUCAUUUAUCAUCUAAAUAUGAUGCUGGUCAGUCCAAAAAUGUUGAACGUGACAUAUUCAAUUGAUGUUUAAUUCCUGAAGACAGUUUUUCAUCAUCCUGAGGCAAGGGAGUUAAGUGUCUGUAAAAGUCCAGUUUCCAACCUCGCUGAAGUAGGUUGGUAUUUCUCGGCUCAAUCCUAGUGCCACCUGUGGUAAUUACAAGUCCCUUCUAUGUCCCUCCAGAUUGUCCAAUCAGAUUAAACCUCUCAUAUCCCUUUCAUUUACUUAAAGUAAAAUGGCAUCUCCCAGUGAAGACGAUCUGAUCGAUAAUCAAGAUCUGUUGUAAUAAAACAGGUCUUACUUUGCGAAGUGCAUCAAACCACAUGAGCACCUUGAUUAAAAACAUGAAACAUUAGGAAAAUAUCAGUUGUCGCCAAGUUAGCAGUACAUACUUUGCAAAUCCUUCAAUCGACCGAAAUCUGUAUUACGAUCCGGAUGUCAAAUCCUUACACGGUUUCAAUUGGACUAUGCAUAGACUUGUUAGUCCAGUCAAAAUAUAACUCCAUAAUUCCAGUCUAGUUCGGCAAGGGUGGAAACUUGAAUUUAUGGUCAGCCAACUUCCUUGCCUCGGGAAGAUGAUAUAUAGCAGGUAUUGGUAAACAUUAUCCCAAAUUUGACCAGUGUUAUGCUGACAGUUUAGCAUGUCUGCCUCAUGGUGUUACCAUGGUUAUGUAAUGUUGUACAUGUAUAGUCUAUCAGGGAAUAUUGUGGAAGUAUUGAUGUUUGCGAAGAAUUGAGAAUGUGGAAAUAAC